AUGUCGAAGAUGGUGAAGCCCGGGAGUGUACUGCUGCAUCCUCUGGGCACGACAGCUGCCCCUGAGCAGGAGCUGCUGUGUAUCUUUGGGACGGGGGACUUGGGGCGCUCUCUGGGCCAGCGUCUGCUCCAGUCUGGCUACAGGGUGGUGUACGGCAGCCGCAGACCACACAGCUGUGGCCCCUUGCCUCAGGGAGCUCAGGUGAUGAGCCAUGCAGCAGCGGCCCAAUCAGCCGGCCUGAUCUUUAUUUGUGUUCACAGAGAACACUAUGAAUUCCUGGAGACAAUAGCACCCCAUCUUGAAGGAAAGGUCCUGGUGGACCUCAGUAACAACCUGAAGAAGGACAUGUACCCAGAAGCCAAUGCUGCCUACCUGCAGAGACUGGUUCCCGGUGCUGCUGUGGUGAAAGGCCUUAACACGCUGUCUGCCUGGGCCCUGCAGAAUGGACUUCUGGCAGGAAAACAGGUGUUCCUGUGUGGGAACAGUGCAGAAGCAAAGCAGGCAGUAGCAGAGAUGUCCACCAAGCUGGGCCUCACUGUUCUGGAUAAAGGGUCUCUAUCAGCAGCCAGAGAGCUGGAGGACUUCCCCCUGCGGCUGUUCCCAGAGUGGAGGCUGGCGCUUUGUGUGGCUUUCGGCCUCUCCGCCUUCUUCUUCUUCUACCUGCUCAUCAGGGACGUCAUCUACGCGUAUGUUGAACAGGGGAAAGACAUCUCCUUCAGAAUCACGGUGGCCCUGGGCAACAAGGUGUUUCCAAUUGUGUCUCUCAUCAUGUUGUCUCUGUGUUACCUGCCUGGUGUCAUAGCUGCCUUCCUUCAGCUCUACAGAGGGACCAAGUACAGGCGCUUCCCUGAUUGGCUGGACCGCUGGAUGCUAUGCAGGAAGCAGAUGGGUCUGAUUGCACUCGGCUUCGCUUUUCUCCAUUCCAUCUAUACGUUCGUCACUCCUACUCGCUAUUCCGUUAGACACAAACUCAUCUCGCUUGUGGUGGAUGAGAUGAAGAAAAAUAAAACUACCCCAUUUUACUUUGAUAACACAGAGGCAUGGGGCCAAGACUCCUUCUAUGUGCUGGGAAUCCUGGGCUUCUUUCUUUAUGUCCUGCUAGGACUAACAUCCCUGCCCUCUGUGGGAGGCUCUCUCAGCUGGAGAGAGUUCAACUUCAUUCAGUCUAAGCUGGGCCACCUGACCCUGAUCAUAUGCACGACUCAUGGCUACCUUUACGGCUGGAACAAAUUUCUUCGUCCUUCUACCUACAAAUGGUACACUCCUCCUGGCUACAUGCUCUGUCUGAUUGUGCCCUCUGUGGUGCUGGUGCUCAAGGCGCUGGUCCUCCUCCCCUGCGUGGAUCGAAGCCUAACCCGCAUUCGACAAGGCUGGGAGAGGACCCAGCCAAGCGAGGGGGAGAUUGGUAAGGUCACCAACCUGUGAACUCUGACCUCUGAAGUCGUCUGGGUUUCUGAUU